AUGGCUCUUAACGGAAACAACAAGAGAACAUGCGCAGACAUGCUCUGCUGUGACAUCGACCCAUCCAUCCCGAGCACUUCACAACCAAAGGACAAGAGGAAGAAAGGGGAUAGCCUCUUGCGGAUCGUCACAUGGAAUAUGUUUGCGGAGGAUGUGACGUCGGAGAAGAAGAUCGCGCAGAUAAAGAAGAUGAUAGGAAUGAUGAAGGCGAUGGGAUCGGAGGGAUUUGAAAAGAAAGUCGUCUGCUGUACCAACCAAGACACCCAGUUCAACGUCUCUAACCGGUACUGCCUGGCGAAUGGCGAGUGUCGCAUUCCUCCAGGCUCAAAGUACAUGUACAAGAAAGGAGAACGCGAUGUGGCAAACUACUGUAUCCCGUGCUACGACACAAAGUUCCCGGUGCAUGGAAACAAAAGGGAUUGGAAGAUGGCGGAGAACAUCAACACGGCAUCCGAUGUGAUUCUGAAAUGCUCAAAGUGCCAGGAGAAGUGGCAUAAGACGUGUGCCCUCUUCUUCAAUCCAGACGCCUCGAAAUUUGUAUGCAUGGAGUGUGGUGGUGGACGGUCCGACUUGAAGACAAUCAUCGACACGAAAGAGCACGCACACGCCGCUGCAUUCAUGACGGAGAAGUUAAACGAGCUGCUUAGAUCCAGGAUCGGGAUUACUGUAGCGAGAAAGGAUAAAAUCCGGGUGUGUGGGCUCUCGGAGGAAAAGUCGAUUUGGACGAAGGCUUUGGUCCCAGCGAUAGUUGAGGCGGAGUUCAAAAAGAAGUACUCUGGAAAGUUCAAGUACGUCAAAAGAGCCUUCCAUGUCUUCCAAAGGAUCGACGGAGUGGAUGUAAUACUGUGUAGCUUGUAUACACAGGAGACACCGAUGGGGAAGCGAUGGAUGAUAGAUUAUUUCGACUCGUUGCCCUAUUUCAAGGUUUACGACAACCUGAAAAGCGGAGAGUUCCAUCAAGAAGUGUUCCAUGCCUAUAUUGAAUACAUGAGCUCCAUAAACUAUUUGAAUGGACACAUUUGGUCGGCACCACCCAAACCUGGAGAUGACUUUUGCUUCAACAUUCACCCAAGUGCCAUGAAGUAUCUCGAUAGGAACGGGUUGAUCGCCUGGUACCAACGGAUUCUCAAAACUGGAAGGAAUCUCGGAAUCAUCAAGGAGUAUAGAAACUUCCGAGAGGAAUUGGAGCAUCAGGGCGGCUCCAUUGAAAAACCAAGCGACCUCCCGGUAUUCGUCGACUCGCUGUGGUGUCAGGUGAUGAAGGAGGUCAAUUUUGAGCAUCCGAAUAGCCCAUCGGAAUUCAUGGAAGCUCUCCAGAAGCAAUAUGAGAUCCAUGCCACUGAUAACUUUGUUAUCGAGCUACCUGGAUCAAAGACACCCCGAGAACGCGAUACCUGGUACUAUAGCCAUCCGAUACUUGGGGAUCGAAUGGGUUUCUUGAAAAAGUGUGUGAAGGAGAACUGGGAGUUUUCGACGUUGGCAAUAGCGAUGUACGCGUCGGUGGCAUUGAUUCAGUAUCUGCCGCGGUAUGAAUAA